AUGAUAAUUCCAGAUUGGGAAUUUGAAGAUACACAUGAUGGUGUGGGUGAGGGUGGGGGUGAAGGUGAGGGUGAGGGUGAGGGUGAGGGUGAGGGUGAUGGUGAAGGAAGAAAUAUAAGAGAUCCUAGAUACGUAGCUUCUCGUGGACGUCCAAGGUUGAAUAGAUAUAGAGGGCGAAUUGAUUCAUACUUUAGAAGUUCACAAACGGCUGGUGGAAGUGGAGUUAGAGGUAAUAGGAGGGGUAGAGGUGGUGGUAGAGGUGUUGGCAGAGGUGUUGGCAGAGGUGGUGGUAGAAGUGGUGGUAGAGGUGGUGUACAAGCACACAGUAGCUUGCCUGAUCUUAACGAUGAAGCAGACUGGGAGAUAGAAGACUUGACCGUUUAG